GUGAUCAAGAUGAGUGGAUUGGGAGAAAACUCCUUGGAUAGCUUGACCAAUGAGUCAAGGAAGCGCAAGCCAUUGCCCUGUGAUACUCCAGGUGCAAGUCUGACCUGCAGUGGUGAGAAGCGUCGGCGCGAGCAGGAAAGCAARUACAUUGAAGAACUGGCUGAACUGAUAUCUGCUAAUCUGAGUGACAUUGACAAUUUCAAUGUCAAACCAGACAAAUGUGCUAUUUUAAAAGAAACCGUGAGACAGAUUCGGCAGAUAAAAGAACAAGGAAAAGCAGUUUCUAAUGAUGAUGAUGUUCAGAAAGCUGAUGUAUCUUCUACGGGUCAAGGAGUUAUUGAUAAGGAUUCAUUGGGACCUCUUUUAUUACAGGCAUUGGAUGGAUUCCUGUUUGUUGUAAAUCGAGAUGGGAACAUAGUAUUUGUUUCAGAAAAUGUCACACAGUAUCUGCAGUAUAAACAAGAAGAUUUAGUUAAUACAAGUGUCUAUGGUAUAUUGCACGAGGAAGACCGGAAGGACUUCCUUAAAAAUUUACCUAAAUCUUCAGUUAAUGGAGUUGCUUGGACCAAUGAAACACCAAGACAGAAGAGUCAUACGUUUAAUUGCCGAAUGAUGGUGAAAGCCUCUCAUGAUCUUUUGGAAGAUGUUGGCAGCCACCAGGAUACACGUCAGCGAUAUGAAACAAUGCAGUGCUUUGCUUUAUCUCAGCCAAGAGCUAUGAUGGAGGAGGGGGAAGACUUGCAAUCCUGUAUGAUUUGUGUGGCGCGUCGGAUCACAACUGUGGAAAGAGUAUUUCCAACAAAUCCAGAGAGCUUUAUUACGAGACAUGACCUUUCAGGCAAGCUUGUCAACAUUGACACAAACUCAUUAAGGUCUUCCAUGAGACCUGGCUUUGAAGAUACGAUUCGUCGGUGCAUUCAGAGAUUCUUAUGCCAUAAUGAUGGACAGUCAUGGUCAAACAAACGCCACUAUCAUGAAGCUUAUACACAAGGUCAUGCAGAGACACCCUUGUACCGGUUCUCUUUGGCGGAUGGUACGAUCGUGACAGCGCAAACCAAGAGUAAACUGUUUCGAAAUCCCGUAACAAACGACCGCCAUGGAUUUGUGUCUACCCACUUUCUUCAAAGAGAACAGAACGGCUAUCGACCAAAUCCUAGUUCAGUUGGGCAGAACAUGAGAGCGCCCGUGGCCGGGAGCACGAAUGCUGUUGGUGGCAUGAUGACCAUGUCACCGGGUCAAGUUGUGCCGAUGCAGAGCAGGAGCUACGGCGUGGCAGACCCCAGUGCCGUGGGGCAGCUGGGCAGCACCAGAUAUGGAGGCCCUGGGAAUAUGGGGCCAAUAAACUCUGGACCAGGAAUGCAGUCCUCCACUUACCAAAAUAAUAAUUAUGGUUUAAAUAUGAGUAGUCCACCACAYGGGAGUCCUGGCUUAACUUCCAACCAACAGAACCUAAUGAUAUCCCCUAGAAAUCGAGGGAGUCCAAAAAUGAAUUCACACCAGUAUUCUCCCGUGACAGGGAUGCACUCUCCAAUGGGAUCUGCCAGCAACACCAGUAACAGCACUUUCUCUAGCAGUUCUCUUAGUGCUCUUCAAGCCAUUAGUGAGGGGGUUGGAACUUCCCUUCUAUCUACACUUUCUUCACCUGGUCCAAAACUGGAUAAUUCUCCAAACAUGAGCAUAGCUCAGCAAAGUAAAACGAGCACCCAGGACUCAAAAAGCCCAUCUGGUUUGUAUUGUGAGCAAAACCAAGUGGAAAGUACCGUGUGCCAGUCAAACAGCAGGGAGCUUCUUAGUGAAAAGGACAGUAAAGAGGGAAGYCUAGAGGCAUCUGAAAGUCAGAGAGGACCAUCUGAAAGCAAAGGGCAUAAGAAGUUGCUUCAGCUACUCACGUGCUCUUCAGAUGAAAGAGGACAUUCCACAGCAUCAAACUCACCUUUAGACUCUAACUGUAAAGAAUCUUCUACCAAUGUUACGAGCCCUUCUGGAGUUUCCUCGUCAACGUCUGGAGGGGUGUCUUCCUCCUCAAACAUGCAUGGGUCACUCCUGCAAGAGAAGCACAGGAUUUUACAUAAAUUAUUGCAGAAUGGUAAUUCUCCUGCAGAGGUAGCCAAGAUCACAGCUGAAGCUACUGGCAAAGACACAUAUCAUGAUGCUGGUAACACAGCUGCCUGUGGAGAAAGCACUGUCAAACAGGAACAACUGAGCCCAAAGAAGAAGGAAAACAAUGCUUUACUGAGAUACCUACUAGAUAAAGAUGAUGUUAAGGACCCGCUUUCCAAAGAGUUAAAGCCUAAAGUAGAAAGCGUGGAUAAUAAAAUGGGACAAUGCAGCAGUUCUACUCUUCCUACCUCUAGUCAAGAAAAAGAGGUUAAAGUAAAAGCAGAGCCAACAGAAGAGAUGAGUGGAGACUUGGAUAAUUUGGAUGCAAUUUUAGGUGAUUUGACUAGCUCAGAUUUUUACAAUAAUGCUAUGUCUGCAAAUGGAAAUAGCCUUGGAACAAAGCAAGCAUUAUUUCAAGGAACCACCCCAUUGAGUAUGAGAAGUCCACAGGCUGCGCAGACCGCUCACCCGCCCUUCAACAGAGCCAUGUCUUUAGACAGCCCUGUGGCUUCAAGCCCUCCAGUGAGGAAUGUCAAUGCGUUCUCCAUGUUACAAAAGCAAAACUUGAUGGGUGGAAGUCCAAGAAUGAUGGAAAACCAGGAAAAUUUUGGAGCAACUCUGGCCAGUGGGCCCAACAGAAACGUAGCUCUGAAUCAGCAUCCCUCAGGAGACUGGGGUCUGCCAAACCCAAAGGUUAACAGAUUGGAGACAACAAGCUCUGCCUCGAUGCUGAGGCCGGGACCCGAGUUCAGUGCCGCCCUUCCCAGAGCCGCCAUGGGUGGAUCUGUGCCUGGGCUGCCCGUUCGUUCCAGCAGUGUCCCUGGUACCAGACCAAUGCUACAACAGCAAAUGAUUCACAUGAGGCCGAAUGAGAUUAACAUUGGUAUGAGUGGGAAUCCUUAUGGACAGCCAGGAGCGUCUAACCAGCCUGGAUCAUGGCCUGAUAACAUGCUGUCCAUGGAGCAAGCGUCUCGGGGUUCCCAAAACAGACAAUUAGUUAGGAGCUCUUUGGAUGACCUUUUGUGCCCAGGAGCCAAUGUGGAAGGGCAGAGCGAUGAAAGGGCCCUUUUAGAUCAGCUGCACACUUUGCUGAGCAACACGGAUGUCACCGGCCUGGAAGAAAUUGACAGAGCACUAGGAAUUCCUGAUCUCGUAAACCAAGGCCAAGCGCUGGAACAGAAGCAAGAUUCAUUCCAAGGUCAGGAAUCUGCAGUUAUGAUUGACCAGAAGUCUUCGCUGUAUGCACAGCCCUAUCAGGGGCAAGGGGCAGCAAUGCCAGGAGGCUUUAGUAACAUUCAGGGACAACAGCCAUCCUUUAAUUCAGUGAUGAAUCAGAUGAGCCAACAGAGCAAUUUUCCACUGCAGAGCAUGCAUCCUAGAGCAAAUGUGAUGAGACCUCGGACCAACACACCAAAGCAGCUCCGCAUGCAGCUCCAGCAGAGGCUUCAGGGGCAGCAGUUUAUGAACCAGACCCGUCAAACACUUGAAAUGAAAAUGGAAAAUCCAGGCAGUGGCAAUACCUCRGUGAUGAGACCAGUUAUGCAGCAGCAGGUGGGAUCACAGCAGCAAGGUUUUCUUAAUGCUCAGAUGGUGGCUCAGCGUAACAGGGAGCUGAUAAGUCAUCAUUUUAGACAACAGAGGAUGGCAAUGAUGAUGCAGCAGCAACAGCAACCUCAGGCUUUCAGUCCACCACCAAACGUGACCGCCUCAGGAAGCAUGGAUGGUGCUUUGACGGGCCCUCCAAUGGCUCAMGUUCCUCCACAGCAAUUCCCCUAUCCACCCAAUUAUGGACUAAGCCAACAACCUGAUCCUGCCUUUAGUAGGGUGUCAAGUCCUCCCAACCCAAUGAUGUCAUCAAGAAUUGGAGCCUCCCAAAAUCCUAUGAUGCAGCAUCCUCAGACAGCAGCAAUGUAUCAGUCUCCCGAGAUGAAAGGCUGGCCAUCGGGAAGCAUGACCCGGAGCAGUUCCUUUCCGCAGCAGCAGUUUAGCCAUCAAGGCAAUCCUGCAGCCUACAGUAUGAUGCACAUGAAUGGCAGCAGUGGCCAUAUGGCACAGAUGAACAUGAAUACCAUGCCCAUGUCGGGGAUGCCUAUGGGUCCAGACCAGAAAUACUGCUGACACCUAAGCCCAUGAUCUCCAGACAAGAAUGCGCUCUAUUAAUGAUGCACUAGUGUUACAAAGGAAAGCUGCGCAUUCUCCUUGGCAACUAGUACUGGCCUUAUGGAAAUAAGUGKUUUUUUUUUCCAGCUAGUCACCAUAUGUCCUAAGUUACUUCAUUCAGAAGGGAAAAAAAAAAAUCAAAAAAAAAAAAAGAAUUCAUAGAAGCAGUCUCUGUAUUACUGUAUAUUAUGUUGUACAAAAAAGAUCUUAAAUAUUUUUGGCGCUCUGUCUCUAGAAAUGUGAAUUUGGCAAUAGCAUUUUAGUAAAUAUGAUGGGUGCAUUCCUGGUAGGCCAUGUCUAUUUACUGUAGCUAUCCAAAGCCCUUGAACUACAGGCAGACAAGUGCCUGGAGAAGUCAUGGUGGUAAGAAUUUUCUGAUUUCUCUAGUAAGAAUAUCUGACAGAGAAUGUAGUUCCUAGCCUUGACUCUUUUAUAUGAAUUCCUGAAUAUAAAUGCUGCUUUUAAUCUCUUAUCCCCAAGAGUCAGGAUUUCCCCAGCAAAGUAGCGGUGCAAAAUGAAUUGGCACGUACUAUUCCAGAAUCCUGUCUAAUGAUGUCACGGGGUAAAAAAGAGAGGAAAAUAAAUUUAAAUUAUUUAAAAACAAUUGUGACUAAUAUUUACAUAUUGAUGUGCAGCUGAGUGCACUUUAUAGAAGACUAUAUAAUGGAUUAAUGCAAUAUCUUUGAUAAGGACUUAGUAUGAAGUAGCGUGUACUCAUGUUCCUUCUUGAACACAAUCUCUUCAGAGUUAUUUGGAAGACUGCAUAAUGUAAUGUUUUCUGUGUUUGGAAGUUAGAGCAAUAAUCUUUAAUCUUUUUAAAAAUAAACUUCAGAAAACUCAAGGCCAGGCACUGCUGUCUGAAUCAGAAUUUUGCAGUCUUUUUUGUGAAUAAAUUUUGUAUAUAUGAUCUUUAAGAUACUGUAUUAUAUAUUAUGACUUUUGUAGAUCACUAACUCAUUUUUGCAGAGUUUGUGAAGCUAAAUAUUUAACAAAGUUGGUUUCUGUAAACUAAGUGUAGUUGAGGUCCAAUAGAUUUUUUUUUUUAAUUAAAUUUAAUGUCUUUGAAGUUGGGUGACUUUGCCCCAUAUCUCUCUCCCCCUCAUUUUUGGUCUUUGACACAUCAUUUAUUUUUACAUCUUUAACGUAUAGCUUUUUAUAAAAGACCGAUUGCUAAAUGCUUUCUCCAUCUGUGAGCACUUUGUUACAUUUCUUUUUACAUAAGGCAAUUUUACAAAAAGACUCUGCAUUGUAAAAAUGUUGUGACUUGUCAGGACAGUCAUAGCAUAUAUAUAUAUGUGUUCCCUUUUCAGUUGAUGUAUCUGGAUUAUGUCUUUUUUUGGUUAAUGUUAAUGAACUAUAAAUGUUCUUCAGAAGAGGUCUGUCUAUUGCAAAGUAUUUGUUUUUGCAGGACAUGCAGACAUCAUGUAGGGUUAUCACGUCACACACAACCAAAUGUCGGCACCUCCUUGAAUUGUUCUCAUCAUAAUGAAUGUAUUUUUCUAAGCAGGUUUCUCUCAUAUCACUGUUUAAGUUUGGUUACAAAAUUAGUCAUACGGCUUGCUGAUGGAUGUGUUAGUUCUCUGUUUUGGUUCCCCAAAUGACGAUCC